CAGAAGGCGGAGCGCUGGGUGGAGAGUGCUGAGAGGCAGUGAGCCACAAACUUCAACGUUAAACCUUCAAGGUCCAAGAACAGGCAUAAGUGAUUUCAAUCCGGAGAGCAGGAAGGCGGCCAGAGGGCGGGAAUAAAUCCCAUUGAGAAGAGGCACUUGCUGUUAUUGACAUGUCGAGUACCUCUCCAGGUACACGGAAACGCAAGGAGGAUAUUCAGAAAGGAUUACAAUUUAUUCAAUCGCCAUUACCUUAUCCUGGAAGUCAGGAUGAAUAUGAGACCUUUCUGCAUCAGCUUGUUAAGAACUUACUGGAAGAAGGGAAUGAGCUAUACCAGGAGAAGGAUUAUAAACAGGCCCUGUUCCAAUAUGUAGAGGCCUUGAACGUAGCCCAGUAUGCACAAUCAGAUGAAGUGGUAAUCGCACAACGGUUACUGGAGCACCUCUAUGUCAAUCGAGCAACCUGCUAUUUCAGUAUGGGUGUUUAUGAGAAAGCCCUUGAAGACUGUGAAAAUGCUUUGAAGCUCAAUGAAAAUAACUAUCGGGCUCUUUAUCGGAAAACCAGAGCACUCAAUGAACUAGGAAAGCAUAAAGAAGCUUAUGAGUGCAUCGCCAAGUGUUCCUUUGCUGUCCCCCAGGAUGAAAAUGUGGUGAAGUUGACACAAGAACUGGCACAGAAGUUGGGGCUACGGAUCCGUAAAGCAUACAUCAGAGCUCAGCCUGAUGUGGAUACAGGGAGUCGGACUACAAUUGGAAAUUCCAUGAACAGUGGGCAUAUAUCCAUAAGUGGCACAAGUGAUAUAGAUGAUAUUGAGCCAGAUCUGGCUUUGGAGUUUCCAUGUGCUCCUGGUCCUGUCACCAACCCCAUACCAGCCAGUGAUCCGUCAGGCCCUCUUCUCUCAGCUGCCCUCAGUAUCCAGCAGUCCCAGGAAGACCCUGCUCCACUUAAAUGUUCAGUAGGUGAUGGCGUCUCUCUCUCGGUCCCUGAAACUACAGAUGAAUUUGCAGAUGGAGAGAUCAUUGGAGAAGACUUGGACACGUUAUUGGAUUCUAUUGGCGAGGCAAAUGAAUUUCCGAUGACGUCAGUGGCAGGGACGAUUCCAACCAACCUACCCAAUGACGUGUCCAGGCUACUCGCCGCCUUACCCAGUGGCGCCCCAGUGCUUCCGCCUGCUGUAAAGGGUGAUGUUAGCCCUAAAGUGUCGCUCCCAUCAGCCUAUUCAAUGCUUCCGGUCCAGAAGAUGGACACCCUGGACACGAUCGGUCCAAGCACAGCUGUGACUAGUUUGGAUUCUUUGGAUCUACUCCCUGGAACAGAAUCACAGUCUGUAUCAAGACCAAUGACACCAAACAACAACAAGGGCGUAUCAAGCAGCUUCCCUUUGGGUAAGCAAGUGAAUUGCCUGCCUGCAUCAAGCCAUCCUGCAGCUCUCCUGGGAUUAGUGCAAAGAGGCGGUGAGUCAGUCCCAUCGCCAUUGACGAAGAACCCACUCGGUGAUACGCACGAUCUGCACCAGGCCUGCUCCUCCUGCUUCGUUAAAUCAGGAGCUAAGGCAUUAGAUUACACUUAUAACCCUGACCUAGAUCAUAAAUGUAAAAAAGAUCUUUUGAUUGGAAGGCUGAACAAUUCAAUGGACUCACGAUGGAAGAAAAUCAGGCCCAGACCUACCCGGAAUAAUUAUGGAGGCCCAUACUACUUGUGUAACGAUAUAGUGAGUAAGGGGGAAUGCAAGUUUGGAGAUCGCUGUACGUUUGCGUACAGUCAGGAGGAGAUAGAUGUUUGGACACUGGAGCGUAAAGGAGCAAUAAACCGCGAGCUGCUCUUUGAUCCACUUGGGGGCGAUACCAGAUGCAGCCUCACGGUAGCUAAGCUGCUGAAGGAACAUCUUGGCCACUUUAUGUACCUUUGUGAGGAGUGUUUUGAUAGCAAACCCAGGUUAAUAAGCAAGAAGAUGAAGGAUGAUGCUUCUUUCUGUUCCAAUCCGGAAGUUAAGCACAACUUUGAAGAGAACAAGUGCCUGGUCCACAUGUUGCGGGCCAUGACAGUGAAGUACUCCAAGAUACGUCAGUUCCAGGACCACUGCCAGUUCGAUGUGUGCCGUCACGAGGUGCGCUAUGGGUGUCUGCGAGAGGAUAGCUGUAACUUUGCCCACAGCCUCAUCGAGCUCAAGGUCUGGGUGAUGCAGCAAAGUUCAGGGAUCACGCAUGAUGAGAUUGUCCAGGAGUCUACAAAGUACUGGCAGAGCGUGGAAGCUGGUGCAAACAAAUUGCAGGUGACGUCCAAAGCUGGAAAGGCAAACUCGCUGGGCAUGAAGAUGAAAUUUGUCUGCGGCCAGUGCUGGAGGAAUGGGCAGGUGGUGGAACCAGACAAGAGCCUCAAGUAUUGCAGUGCCAAGAUACGCCAUGGGUGGACGAAGGAGCGCCGGGUGAUGCUGGUUAUGUCGAACGAGCGCAAGAAGUGGGUCGCCAUCCGUCCCCUUCCACCUUGCAAGAACAUCCCACAGCAGUAUGACUUGUGUACACAUGUGGCAAAUGGGAAGAAGUGCCAGUAUAUUGGAAACUGCUCAUUUGCGCACAGUAUCGAAGAGCGUGACGCCUGGACCUACAUGAAAGAGACUAAAAUGCAUGACAUGCAGCAGGUAUAUGAGAUGUGGCUGAAGAGUCAGAAGCCAACGAUGACCGGAGGGGCAACAGAACUUUCCACCAAGCAAAGUGAGAAGCAGAUCCACAUGCCCACGGAUUAUGCCGAUGUAGGGAGAGUGGUGGACAGCUGGAACAAGCUGCCAGAAGAGCUAGUAGGGGCAGACACAGCAGUAAUGUUGAAACUGCACUUAGGACAGAUCGGCUACCACUGCUGGCUCUGUGGGAAAAACAGCAACAGCGAGAAGCAAUGGGAGAAGCACAUCACGUCGGAGAAGCACAAGGAUAAAGUGUUCAACUCUGAGGAUGAUCAUAACUGCUGGCAGCACCGCUUCCCUAUGGGAGAGUUCAAACUGUGUGAGAGACAAAAGAAGAAAUGCUGCCCCGAUGGUGAUGACUGCCGGUUUGCCCACAGCCAGGCGGAGCUGAACGAGUGGCUGGAGCGCCAGGAGAUCCUGAGAAUGAAACUCGCCAAAGCCAAGAAGGACAUGUUGCUCACGCCGGACGACAACGACUUUGGCAAAUACAGUUUUUUGAUGAAAGAUUUAAAUUAAUGGAUAAAACCGGUUCAGUUUAAUUAUUACUGAAACCUUUAAAUUUAACAAAAAUUGAUUUUGGUAACAUAAUGGAUAGUCAUGAAUUGUGACUUCAUUACACUGAGGUGACCCUUGUUGCCUCACUUACUGCAUUUUUACUCCUGUCUUAAAUGCAGUUGUUACAGGAUGGGAGCACCUGUAAGCAGAAGGUAGUGCUCACAACUGCUGCAGAGAGGUAUGAUUGAGCUGGGGUUUGGGUGGGUGCGGGAGGUGUGAGGUCAGUGGGCUAAACAUCUGUACUUUGACAGGUUUAAGAACCCCUGCUACAGCAUAGUGCUGGGUAAGAGAUAGCCCAGUGAGUUUCCCCGACAGAACUUGGGGCAUAAGCACCCAGGUUCAAUCCACACUCUUCACCGCGUUAGCUGAUUGCUCAAAAGAACCCAAUUGCCUUCAACAGAGUUAGUAUUGGAAUUUGGCCAGGGUUCUUUUUUACCUCUGAUAGUUGACCGAAAAAAACCUUUAGGUGUAAAAAAAAGUGACAAUAUUAAGAAAUGGACAUAUUACCAGUGGGCACCGUACCCUAGUGAGGUUGUAGUGUUUUGGGAAGGUAAAUAUGAGGGGGAAAAUGCCAAAGAUUAUAGAGAAGGCAUCACAAUGCCCAUGUAUUAUUACCAGUAUGAGUAAUGUCACACUUAAUAUAUUUUUGAGUUUUUGUGUGUGUGCUUGUCUAAGGUCAGCAAAGCUAUUUUAGAAAGAAUAUGUAGUGUCUGUUGUCAUCUGCUAAAAAGGCUACUGAUAAGUCAGCCUGAUUACAGUUCACAUGCACUCAGGCCUAUCCGAACCGGUUUUAAAGGAGUGGCUUAAACCAGCCAGUGCCCAGCACUAAUAUUCCAUUUUCUUCCUUUACCCCUGAAGUCCUGCAGCGAUUUACAUUCUCCAUAAGCUGACCCAUUUGGUCACUAUUAUGUUGUGAAUCCAGCUGGCGGGGCGAGUGGGGUGUUAGCUUUCAAAUCAGCCCCGCUGUCUGAGGUUCGCAUCAGCUGGACUACCUAAAGUAUCACCGAGUAAUUAUCGAAGGUAAAACCCUGACUGAAUUGGUUUCCUGCCCCCACUGUGACACUGAGGGUAGAUGUUGUAUUAUAAGCCUGAGGUCAGCUAACCCAACUCCCUGCUCCCUACCUUGGGUCUACACCAGUUGUAACAAAAGAGCACCAAGACAGCGUUAGUCUACUGAGCUGUGGUCCAUACAGAACUCCUCAAGAUGCUGUACUGCUUAGUUUGUGUUUAAAUGACCUUGUCAUCCAAAUAUAUUUGGGAAGAGAAUGUUGUACUUCAUAAAUCCCUUUUCCCCCAAAGGAACUUUCUCUUAAUUUUAAUCGGUUUGUUAUUAACAAAUAGAUCUGUGAAAUCUAAACCCACUCACUUAAGUGCAAAUCUCAUCAUUUUCCUCCUCACCUGUAUUUGGUUUCUCUUUCUAAUAUCUGUCUAAUUUGUCCACAUUGUGUCUCGCUGGAAAAUCUGCUCCCUGCUCAGUUUUACACAUUCAGCAGUUAACUACUGUAGUUGAACUCCCCCGUUCAUCAGCGACUGGGUCCGCCACCCUGUCAGCAGUUUGUGCACGGGUCAAACUCGUUAUAAAGAGCUGAGCUGAAUGAUCUUCCUUCCAUUGUGUUCAGUCAGUUACUUAACUCUUUACUUUGAUAAGCACUUCCUUUCCCCACUGUUCAUAGGACAUGGUCAGCUUUUUGCUCCAAGUUUUUGUGGUAGUGUUCUCAUAACAACAUUGAGUAGGAAGUGACAGCAACGUGACAAAGUAAUGACGAAAAAGUAACUUGGUCUAAAUUAGCUGUUAUUUGACUUGGAGGAAAGUGUGGACAUAAUUGGUUACUCGUUUUUUUUCUCUUAGUACCCGAGCUGGAGAGGUAGAGUGUGGAAUUGCUAUUGCGCUGAUCUUCAUUUUGUGAGCUGGCCAUUGAGACCAGCUGCUGCCUGCCAGUGUUUUUUGCUCUUAUCCUGCCUCACCUGAGCUCCAUCAGCACAUCUUCCAUUUCUAGCUCCCUAUGAACUUUCCUAGUUUUCCUUUCAGUCGCAACUUAUGGUCGUCAAAGUUCCACAUUCUUAACACUCAAAAAAAAGUUUUCUGUAUUGACUUUAAUUAUGCCCCCUUUGCUUGGACUUUCCACAGUGGAAUGUUUUUUCCACAUCUGCCCUAUAGUAUUUCUUUAUAGUUCUGAAGACCUUUUCUCAAAUGUAAUUGUUUGAGUGCCAAGCCGUGGUACAGACUGUCUGACACAAUGAUCAAGUGUAGCCAAUAUGAAACUUAAGUCGUGUUUGUACUCAGUGCAUGUCCCAUCUCUGGCAUUGUGUUGCUCGCUCUACUCCAUGUUAUUGGAGUAUCUCUGUGUUAGCAUCUUAAGUUUACACAACUGUGUGACAUUUUGAGUGCGAGGAAUGAGACAUAAAUGUCAACGUGAUCUUAUGCUGCCAUAGAUGGGUCCAUGUAGCUGACAAGUGGACACGUUGAACAUGGUCACUGGCUUUGCUCUGCUCUAGAGCCUGAGCUGGGUGGGACAGGCAAAAGCCAGAGUCAAAAAGAGAGAGGGUGGGAGGGGGUGCUUUUGAGGCAGGGACAGUUACUGAAGUAGGCUGAAAUUUUAAGGAGGCCGAGUGUGAACUUUGGAUAAAAAACUAUCAUCCCUAAGUCCAACUAAAUCAGAACAGCCCUUCAGAUCUGUUCCUUUUCCUAACUAUGUCUACACAUGCACUGCUGCCUCUAAUGCUUUUCAAAAAUACCCCAGCCUGUACCCCCAAUGAAAAAUGCUGUUGGACCAUCUGUUGCCUUUCAGUGCCAGGUAUGGCUGAGAGCAGCCUGCAUAUCUGGAUCACUUGGUUGAGUUGAGUUGAAGCUCUACUUUGCAGUUUAGCACAAGCCAAAAGGAAGUUUCAAGUAUAGGAAUUUGUGGAUUUUGCCCAAAAUCACCUUCCUUCAUAUACUUAAGGGGUUGGGAAGUGAAAGAACUGAGGUUCCUUUAUGAUUUUUCACUUCGGAUAGUUAAGAAAGGGAAUUUUCCGAGUUAGUGAUUUGGUUGAUGGGCCAAAAUAACCAGCUGCCUUGAGCUCUGUUUUGAGUACGAGGGCUUUCUUCUGCUGCAAAUUACUUCUUACCCUGUUCAUACGGGGACUAGUCUUCACAAAACAUGGUUUAGAUGUGCUUCAUAAUUUAAAAGUAUCAGAUCAUGUGAUUUUGUUCAGAUCAUGUUGGAGUUCAUUGUUUGCGGAGUCUACCAAAGAUGUUUCAGGGAUGGAAUCAGUUGGCUGGACUGCACACUCUGUUUGAAAGUGGAAAUUCAUGGGUUUCUUUCUCAGUACAGUCGCCCUCGGGUCCAGGAAUUACUCUCCAGGACUUGCAGAAAAAUCAGAGUGCAAUUUCAAACAAAAAAAAACCCUUUUUAUUUUACAUCUUAAGCUUGGUGUCAUCAGUAGGUUAGCAUUUGCAAAGUUAUGGUGAGAAGGUGAAUAGGUGUAAGUGGUUUUUUUUAGGAAGUUUGGUGGUUACCAAUCACACCUCUUUUACCAAUUUUACUGUUUCUAGUAAACUUUUCUAUAUAGUUUGAAAAAUAUUAGAUGUGCUUGUGCUUAGAUGGCUAAGAAUCAUCUAGUCAGGUAUUAAGUCGUAUUACUUUCCUAUUGGUUUAGGAAGGUUGGAUGUGUUUAGCAGGAGUGUUGGACAGGGCAUUUACUAAGAAACUACGUGGUUCCACCUCGAAGAGUAUGACCAUUCAGAAUUGGUAAUCCCAAGGGCAGAAGCAACUGAAGGAUACAAGACCUCUACAUAAAACAGAAGUGGAAUUUAGCUACCUAGCUCACAAUAUAAAAAUCUUAAGAUUUUAAGGCAAAGCUGAACUUGUUACAGAAUCAAACAUAGAAGUUUGAGGAAACACGGUGGGUCUUGGUGUACAGGAGACAGUGCACACAUUAAUCAGAUUAUCACCCGAGCCAAGAGACUGCAAAUUAUUAUUAAAGGAAAGGGGAGUGAUUUUUGUCAUUUAUAUACCUGAUAAUCAACUGUUAAAUAAGAUUUGAUAAGUAAGUUUGGCACAAGGCCACAGUUAACAGAUAACCUGGUUCAGUUAAUUUUGUUUUCUGCAACCAUUUUUUACUUUAGGAAUCUAAGUAAGGUGUGAAUUUAGGAAAUUAUGAAAUAAGACUUUACUACAGAUGCACAUUUCAAAUGUUAUAAAUAUUAUAAUAUCAAUGGCAUUAGCUGAUUGUCGGGAAUUGUACUUAAAAUCAUGGAGAUGUGACUAAUCUUUUUUCCAUUAAACUUGUCCUGCUUUGCAUUGGCUGACAAUCAGAGUGUAAGGCAUGAACAAAAUAAAUCAGAAAUAUUUGGUAAUCAAAAGAAAAAAUAAACAAAAUGAGAAAGGUGGAAAGUGCAUUCAGCCAAGAAUUGGUUAUCAAGGCCAGCCCUUAGCUGUAAUGCUGUUGACAGCCUUCAGGAUCAAAUGCAAGAGUUAUGAGAAGGCUAAGAAGGCUGCUUCAGAUGGGUUUGCUAAUUCACAACGUGCUCCUGGAUUCUGCAGUAGUCCUGAAUCUCCCCAUGUCAUUUUGUCACGCUGGACUCCUUGACGUCAGGAUCAGCUGGCAGAAGGCUGCAGGACUGCAAAAACCUGGAGGAACUCAGUGGGUUUGGCAGCAUCUAUGGGGGGUGGGGAGAGGGGUGGAAUGGUGUUUCAGAUCAAGCCGCUUCUUCUGGACAGGUUGAGGCCCUUCAUCUGAGUCAAUCCCAAAUGCCGACUGUCCAUUUUCCUCCUUAGAUGCUGCCUGGCCCACUGAAUUCCUCCAGCAGUUUUAGCGUUGCUCCAGAUUCCACCACCUUGCAGUCCCCUCUGGCUCCAAAAGCCUGGCGUAGGCCUUAUGCACCAGAAUAACUCUGACGAAUGGGAAACAGUUACAGAUUUAAAAGACAGUCAUUGUAAACGAACAUCUCGUUUAUUUUAGACCAAAAUAAAACCUAAUAAUUCAGGUUGGUUUAGUACAGAAUCCAGAGUAUGCUAAUUUGAUCUGGCAUUAUCGACGAAGCAUUAGUCAUUCAGUCUGGAGAAAAUGGAAUUGUUUGCAUUAGAAUAAAGAUAAUCAGAUUGGCAUAAUUGUAGUUAUGAAAUUAUAUAAAUUGUGGUGGGGAAAACUGGCUGAAUAAUAAUUCAAAUUAUGAAUUACUAAAGGUGAGAUUAAGGAAACACCUUUCCGUAGAGAGUUUUAAAGUUAUUAACUGUAUUAUGAAAAUACACGAUUGUUUUUAAAUUGCUACUAGAUAAGGAUUUAAAAUAGUUUGUUUAAAUGGCUGUGGGGAGAGGGCAAGACCAUAUGGAGAGCUCCACAGUCUGUACAGAGCGGUGGGCACUCUGGGAUAAUAAAAUUGUGUUUGACCUGCAUUCUGAAAUACUCAUUUCUGAAGGUAUGAUGAAGAGGGUUUAUGGUAUGGCAGUCUUCGAUCCCACCUCUUGUCCGAAGUCCAUAAUUGGGUGGCUCUGACAGUGCUCACCUGAUAUCGGUCAUCUACAGACCGGCAACGUAUUUGGAGGUCCGGGUGACACGUGCAGGGGGUGCAGUUCCAUGACAACGUGCAGCUUAAAAGAUAGGGGGUGUCAAAGGGUCUUGACUGGAGAUGUGGAAGGGGGUCAAAAAUCUGUAAUUUUAUCGAGAGGGAGCUGAAGCAUUGACCAAGGAGACGUAACCCAGCCAUACUGCAGGUUACCCAAGGAGACGUAACCCAGCCAUACUGCAGGUUAAUCAGCACUCCAGCCACUUCCUUCAUCAUACUUUAGGGACGACCAAGGCUGGGUCGAGGAAGCCUGAUGAGAGCUAAGAACAAGCUUGGGCUUAUCACUGACCAGUCAGCCAAUUAGCACAGGAGUGGAGGGGAACACUGAAGGUUAAUGGAAAAAAGACAGGUCAAGAUGAGGGAUCCUUUCUUUCCCUCUCUUGUUUAGAAUCUCUGAAUACUCAUUGCAGCCUUUUAUCUGCUUAUCACAAAGAUCAUAUUUACUUGUUUUUAUAUAUAUAUACAUAUAUAUAUAAAAAAUAUAUAAUUAUACAUAUAAAGUUCCUUGCUAUGAUAAUGCUUGGGCUGUCCAUCACUGUGCCGAGUCUACAGGAUGUUGACAGUCUGAAAAAUGUUUUAUUUUAUCGUCCUUUUUAACUUGCUACAAGAGCAUGUGAACAGCUGGUCAGCCCCUCCCAGAAUAAAGAGAGUAAACGUAGUGAUAUAUUAUAGGCCUAUGUUGAUGCAGAGGCUAGUUUGGUGAAUAUGUAAAUGUAAAAUUCAUCAUUGAUGUGGAUUAGUAAUCCUGAUUUUUUUUUUGAGAUAUAAUUGAAGAUUAUAAUGGAAACUAAUAUGAACAGGGACUUGUAAUAGUACUGCAUGCAAUGGAUAAUGUUAGAAGUGUUAUUAAUGUAUUUGUACUUGCAGAGAAACCUGCUUAAAUGGUCACUUUCAUACUAAAUUACCAUUGUGCUGUGAACGUGGCUGGGAUGUGGCCUUUGGUCAGAGCUGGAAAAACUCCUUCAGAAAUAGGACCCCUUUAGCUGACUCCAGCACCCCCAGAUCCCAUUCCUGUUAGAGCUUCACCCACCCACAAACCCCCAUUUCCUGACCAAAGCCCAUCAUUGCUUCUGAACUAAAUGCAAACCCCAUUAUACACUCCGUAGGAAAACUCACACCCCUGAACAAAACCAAAACUCGUCGUGGCAUCCAAAACAGCACUCGAGAAGAUGCUCUAUCAAUUGGCCCCGGGAGCUAAAACCAAGAUCUGCUGUAGAACAAAGACAGAAAUCAAAGUUAUGGAACUGUGCAGCUCAAAAGAGGCCAGUUGGCCACCAAGUGAUUUGGAGAGCAGCUUCAAUAAUGCCACGCCUGCUUGUAGUUUACUUUUCAGGUAUACGUUCCUUCCUUUCAAACUUGCUCUUCAACCUGGUUUCUGGGCAGUAUGUUUCAGUUUAUAAUAUUGUUUAAAGUAAUUCUGCCCCCCUCUCCUCUUUGCUUCUUUAGUUAAUUCUGCUGAGCUUGCCAGUUGCCCAAGUCCUCCCUUUCCUAAAGCCUCAUACUCUACUGUACAUCUACCAUUGAAGGUUGCCACAAAUCAUGGGACUAGAUGAUAUAUUGGGGUUGAUGCAGAUGGAGGAGUGGUUAUGAGGUGAGGUAUAGAGGUAUCUGUCACCCUCAGCUAUAAAGGUGGCUUGUGGCAGAGGUCACUAACUCAAUUUUAUGAAUCUUCUGUACCCUCCUGGUCAACAAAUUUUGGAGAGCAGUCCUGAGUGAUAACGUAAGUAAGAAUAGGGCUCGUGUUCUCUCAAGAAAAACUCACCUCCACCACACCAAAUGUCGCCUUCCUCGCCCUAACCUCCCACAGUUCUGUGCUCUAGACUAGGACAAUGAGAUUGAAGUGUUUUGGGGUCAAGUACAAAGGAGAGAGCUCACAUUUAGACCUACAGUGUCCAUAUAAUGCAGGUUUAACUGUAAGUCCAUUGGAUCAGCCUAGUCCAUUAAGGGGGCAGGUUUACAAAAUGUGUAUUUUAUCGAUGUGGGGCUUAAUCCCCAGACAGUGUUGGUAAAUGAUGUAGGAACAUUCCUGUUAAAAAAUUUUAUAUUUCACUUUCCAAUAAAUUUGUUUCUCUUUAUUUGAA